AUGGCCGAAAGUAACUAUCAGGCUGGUCAACCCAUCCAUACCGCAGGACAUGUUCGAAUAAUAUGUGUUGGUGCCGGCGCGUCUGGCCUUCUGUUUGCCUACAAACUGCAGCGAAGUUUCUCCAACUUCUCUCUCGUCAUCUAUGAGAAGAAUCCAGAGGUGGCUGGGACAUGGUGGGAAAACAGAUAUCCCGGCUGCGCAUGUGAUGUCCCGUCGCACAACUACACAUGGUCCUUUGAGCCCAAGACGGACUGGUCCGGGACGUAUGCCAGCAGCAAGGAAAUCUUCAACUACUUUGAUACAUUCUCGCGCAAGCAUGGCCUGCGCCACUACUGCCGACACCAACAUGAAGUUGUCGGCGCCACAUGGAAUAUCGACCGACAUGGCUAUGAUGUCAGGGUUCGUGCCCUGAAGAGUGGCCAAGAGUGGAGCGACACUUGUGACAUACUGAUCAACGCAGGGGGCAUCUUGAACUCGUGGCGCUGGCCGGCUAUCCCAGGCCUGGACCGGUUCAAGGGAACACUGGUGCACACAGCGAACUGGGAUGAGUCCAUAGUAUUAGAGGGAAAACAUGUCGGGCUGAUUGGAAACGGGUCUUCGGGAAUUCAAGUGCUACCUGCGAUUCUCCCUAAGGUCAGGAAAAUCACAACUUUCAUCCGCGAGCCGACGUGGGUAUCACCCGUCCAAGGUAUGGAGCAGCAUAUAUUUUCCCCGGCGGAAAAAGAAGCCUUUGCCACAAAGCCGGGGUUGCUUACCGAGUAUCGGCGGGGGAUCGAACGUGGCCUGAACGGCCAGUUCGGAAUCUUUCUCAGAAACACGAAAGUUCAAGAGCAGACGCGGGAAUACAUGGCCAAGCAAAUGAAGGAAAAGAUAACGCCGGGAGUCGGCUAUCUCGAAGCGUUGGGCGCCGAGAAUGUCGAGGUCGUGUACGGCAAUGUCAUGGAGGUCAACGAGAGAGGCUGUAUUUGCGAUAAUGGGAAACAGUACCCCAUGGACGUCUUGAUCUGUGCAACCGGUUUCGAUACAUCGUUUCGGCCUAGGUUCCCUAUUAUCGGGCCGAAUGGGAACAACUUGCAGGAUGACUGGAACGACGAGCCGCAGUCUUACUUGGGAAUUGCAGCUGCGGGAAUUCCGAACUAUCUCACUUUCCUUGGCCCAAAUAGUCCUAUCGGCAAUGGCCCAGUGUUGUCCGCUAUUGAGGCCCAAGCAGACUAUAUGAUGAAGCUUAUCGAUCGAUACCAGACCACCAAUAUCAGAAGCUUUGCUCCUCACGCACAUGUAAUCAAAGACUUCAUCGAAUACAAGGACAGGUUUAUGAGAAAUACCGUUUGGGCCGACUCAUGCCGUUCCUGGUACAAGUCCAACCAGGCUGAGGGUUCAGUCACGGCAUUAUGGCCCGGAUCGACGCUGCAUUACAUCGAAGCUAUGGAUGAACUCCGGCUGGACGAUUGGGACGUCCAGUACAAUGGAAACCGGUUCUCCUGGAUGGGCAACGGCUACAGUCAGACCGAGGUUGAUGAAACGGCUGAUUGGGCAUACUACAUCCGUGAAGAGGAUGACGGGGAGUACAUGAGUCGGUCUAAGAGAUUGAGGGUAUUGAACAAAUCGGGGUCAAGGAAAGCGGAAAGUGGCUCUUUUUCGGUGUUUCCCAAGAUCUAA